CGACAGCCGAGUAGGCGGCGGGACUGGCCGGACAAAUUUCCUUCUAGGCUGCGGGCGGCAGGCGGCGGGCAGCGGGAGGCAGGAGGCGUCGCAGGCGGCGCCAGGACCCCGCCGCCUGCGCGCGACCCCUGUACGUUCCUUCGCGCCAGGCGGGGACCGCUGGGCGCCCAGGAGGGCGGCGGGUAGACACCUAGGAGAUGCGGAGCUGCGGCGGGGCGAUCGGCGCGACAGCACCAGUCCCCCAGAGAGUGGCAGCCUGUCCAGAUGUGAUGCUCCUUUAAAGGUCAGGACACCUGGCUGCUUUGGAGUCCUGCCACUACUUGACUGUGUGACGAUAGUCCUUGUUUUUCCUUGGUUUGCCAUGGAGCCCUUCUGUCCUCUGCUGCUGGCCAGUUUUAGCUGGCCACUUGCCAGGGCCAGCAAGGACAACGAGACCACCCCCGCAGAGAGCAACUGGACCACCACGACCACAGGCCCUCCGGACACUGACACCUCCCAGUCGCUGCUCACCUGGCUGCUGUUGCCUAUGCUGCUGCUCCUCCUCUUGCUCCUCCUCGCCGCCUACUUCUUCAGGUUCAGGAAGCAGAGGAAAGCCGUGGUCAGCAGCAACGACAAGAAGAUGCCCAACGGGAUCUUGGAAGAGCAAGAACAGCAGAGAGUGAUGCUGCUGAGCAGAUCCCCAUCAGGGCCGAAGAAGUACUUCCCCAUCCCUGUGGAGCACCUGGAGGAGGAGAUCCGUGUGCGCUCGGCCGAUGACUGCAAGCAGUUCAGAGAAGAGUUCAAUUCGUUGCCAUCUGGACACACACAAGGAACUUUUGAACUGGCAAAUAAAGAAGAAAACAGAGAAAAAAACAGAUAUCCCAACAUCCUUCCCAAUGAUCAUUCCAGAGUGAUUUUGAGCCAAGGGGAUGGAGCUUCCUGCUCAGACUACAUUAAUGCUUCCUACAUAGAUGGUUACAAAGAGAAGAAUAAAUUCAUAGCAGCUCAAGGCCCUAAGCAGGAGACCGUGAGUGACUUCUGGAGAAUGAUCUGGGAGCAGAAGUCUGCCACCAUUGUCAUGUUGACAAACCUGAAAGAGAGAAAAGAGGAAAAAUGCUAUCAGUACUGGCCCGAUCAGGGAUGCUGGACCUACGGAAACAUCCGGGUGUGCGUGGAAGACUGUGUGGUGCUAGUAGACUACACAAUCAGGAAAUUCUGCAUACAACCUCAGCUUCCCGACGGCUGCAAGGCACCAAGGCUCGUCUCACAGCUGCACUUCACUAGCUGGCCUGACUUUGGAGUCCCUUUCACCCCCAUCGGGAUGCUGAAAUUCUUGAAGAAAGUACGCGCGCUCAACCCCUCACAUGCUGGGCCCAUCGUGGUCCACUGCAGUGCGGGUGUGGGCCGGACAGGCACCUUCAUCGUGAUCGACGCCAUGAUGGACAUGAUACACUCAGAGCAGAAAGUAGACGUCUUCGAAUUCGUGUCACGAAUCCGCAAUCAGCGUCCUCAGAUGGUCCAAACGGAUGUACAGUACACGUUCAUCUACCAAGCCUUACUGGAGUACUACCUCUAUGGGGACACGGAGCUGGAUGUGUCCUCCCUGGAGAGGCACCUGCAGAGCCUGCAUGGUACCGCCACCCACUUCAACAAGAUCGGGCUGGAGGAGGAGUUCAGGAAACUGACCAACGUCCGGAUCAUGAAGGAGAACAUGAGGACGGGCAACUUGCCGGCCAAUAUGAAGAAGGCCAGGGUCAUCCAGAUCAUCCCUUAUGACUUCAACCGAGUGAUCCUUUCCAUGAAAAGGGGUCAAGAAUAUACAGACUAUAUCAAUGCCUCCUUCAUAGACGGUUACCGGCAGAAAGACUAUUUCAUUGCCACCCAGGGCCCCCUGGCCCACACGGUCGAGGACUUCUGGAGGAUGGUCUGGGAGUGGAAGUGCCACACAAUUGUAAUGCUGACAGAGGUGCAGGAGCGAGAGCAGGAUAAAUGCUACCAGUAUUGGCCGACAGAGGGCUCAGUUACUCAUGGAGAAAUAACAAUUGAAAUAAAAAGCGAUACCCUUUCUGAAGCCAUCAGUAUACGAGACUUCCUGGUGACCUACAAUCAGGAGGGUGGGUGGAUCCCCAGCUGGGCGAAGGCCAGUAUCACUGAAAGCAGACUCCCGCAGCAGCCGCUGACCCGCCAGGAGGAGCAGACCCGCGUGGUGCGCCAGUUCCACUUCCAUGGCUGGCCCGAGAUCGGGAUUCCAGCCGAGGGCAAAGGCAUGAUUGACCUCAUUGCAGCCGUGCAGAAGCAACAGCAGCAGACGGGCAACCACCCCAUCACUGUGCACUGCAGUGCUGGAGCUGGGCGAACAGGUACAUUCAUUGCUCUCAGCAACAUUUUGGAACGUGUAAAGGCUGAGGGACUUUUAGAUGUAUUUCAAGCUGUGAAGAGCUUACGACUUCAGAGGCCACACAUGGUGCAAACCCUGGAACAGUAUGAAUUCUGCUACAAAGUGGUACAAGAUUUUAUUGAUAUAUUUUCUGAUUAUGCUAAUUUCAAAUGAAGAGUCCUGCCUUAAAAUAUUUUUUAAUUUAAUGGUCAGUAUAUUUUGUAAAAAUUAUGUUAAUUUAUUUCAUAGUUGACAUUAAUAUCCUUCCUAAUUUCUCUGUAUAUAUUUUGUUAUUCUUUAAAGGUCACCUGCUAUAAAGUUAUUAAAUCUUAAGCACCCUUUUUAGAAAUUGGAAUAAUGUAUUAAGGUCAAAUAAUAUCCCACAAAAUAUAUGUACUGUAUUUCUACUAAUAUCAGUAAAUAUCCUAAUUCUUCGUUAGGUCCAUGUCAUGUAAUGUCACAUGUUAUGCAUCUCUAAAUCUUAUAGUUCUUAAUAUGCCAAGUGUGCUUAAGCAAGACACUAAACAUAAAAUCCAAGAAAACAGCCAAGAACUAAGAAAUCGGUUGAAAACUCAAUUUCCACAACUGAUUUCACAACCUAGAGCUGCAGUAUUUUUUGAAAGCUAAUGUAAAUAGGGACUUUUGUAAAGUCCUCAGUUGCCGACAUGUGAUUUAACUUUACCUUUUAAGCGUUGAAUACUUUCCAUCCUGAGUCUAGGUCUAAGACACAUGAAAGUGGUCAGAGAAUACCUAGUAAUAUUUCUGAAGGCUGUGUCUGUGCCAUGUUGGUUAGAUGAGAAGUGUCAGUGCCAGGCCAUCCCAGUUUCACAUGGCCUUGGGCACAACAAAACCAGCCAGUAGAGCUGCCCAUCUGUCCAUGUGUCUCACUCAGACUCCAACCCACCACACUUUUCAGCCUCUCUCCCGUUCAGCCCCGGGUGCCUGUCCUGACCUUGAACCAGACCUUCAGACUCAGUGUGAGAUGACUUCAUGUGCAGACAUUCAAAGAAAGUGUCUUACACACACGCACAGUUGAGGAGCACACAUUUGGGUAGAAACAGAUAAUUGUGCUGUAAAUUUUCUGAGAAGCGUUUUGGUAUUUAAAAACUUCGUGUAAAAAGCUAAGAUUGUUUGUAAGAAAAGAAGUCUUAAAAUCUAGAUUUGUACAGUUUUUAAAUAUCCCACUUCUCAAUGUUUAAUAAAAGAGAAAUAGAAAUCCUUAAUCUAAAGUCUAACUUAUUUUUGGAUGCUGAGGUUUUUGGCACUGGGUGAUAAUACCGAUCCCAGUACCACAAAGGACGAGGGGAGGUGAUGAGAAGUGAACAUAAAAACUUUCCCUGUAAUAACCAUUGUCUUUCUGUAGCUAUUAGGUACCUAGUAGAUGAGCACAAUAUUAAAAAAAGAAGACAUCUGGUCUAACUUACUACAGGCAUUGAACAUGUGCAGUUUGGGUACUUUUUUUGCUUUUUAUAGAUAUGUAAAAGUAAAAGGCCUUAUUUGACAUUUCACUGAGACCUGAUCGUGCCCCCCUAUUGCACUGUUUAUCCCGUCUGUUCACAGUGUGUACAGGUGCGACCCCAGGGUCCGUUAGUGUCCUCACCAGGCUCCAGGUCAUCGAGCUUCUGUCCCACCCUGCCGCCCUGAGCUCCACACAGGGCGGGAGUUGGCAUCCACCAGGAAAGGUGAACGCACACUCUGGCCGCUGCCAUCGCUACUAGCUGCACCCUGGGCCCCCCGCUGCGGAGUGUAUCUCCCUCUGUGCAGUGAGAAGCAGGUGAAAGGGAAAAUGGAAGGAGCGUUUCUGCGACCUGCCAGUUGUUUGCCAUUUGUUUCCCUUGUUAAAAUACCAAACCCAAAGCCUUUCUUUGACUAAAGGAGAAGAGAGGAAAAUAUGUUUUUAUUUAGCACCUGAAGCCCAUUAGGAUGAAGGUGACGUUAAACUGGUCAUUUUUCGGAGUUCAAAGUUGAGGGGGGUGGAGUCACCCCAGUUUUAGGAGUUGGUAGUCAGAAGCCUUGAAGCCCUUCAAUGGUUUUGUCUGGCAUCUCUUGUAUCAAGAAGUGCCUUUCUAAGUAGAUCUUUUCAGGCUGUUCUCAGGAAAGUGUUCUGUGUGUGUUUUCUCUGCCCUCAUCCACUAGGAACAUCCUAAGUAUUCACUGCAGAGGUUCUCCUUGUUCCCAAACUCAUCCCAUUCUGGAAACAAACAGAAGCUAGCAUCGGGUGGAUAUAUGGCACCUUCCUGAAGCAGGGAGGGUGGUCACUGCAGCCUCAUGGCUUUGGCCAAGGCCAAGUUCAGGCAGUCCGUGUGCCUACAGAGCAGCUGUGUGCAGAGGGAAUACUAACCAGAGGCCUUGGCACCUCCUCUGUGCCCUUGGCACGUUCUCUUCUUCCUUCAGUCAAAGAAAGUCGAGUAUAUAUAACAAAACCACCCAGCACUGGCAAGGACAUGUCUCCUUUCACAUUCCUCUGUUGCAUGCAGUUGCAUUCAAAUGCCAAAUAGUGAUCAGAAGUUUACCAUUCUGAUCUGGAUGCCCAUCAGUCACUGUGUGACUUACUUUAUCCCUUCUCUCCAUGUGCUAGAUGAAUGAAGAAUGCAUACUGGUGUUUUCAAAGGUAUUUUUAUGUGUUUUUAAAAAACUUUUUAAAAUGAACCUGUUACCUGUGUUUCAGCAUUUAGAGAUUGUGCCCAUGUUAUUUUUUUAAAUGUAUGAUUACUGAUACAGUUCCCUUUGUUUGUUUAACUAAGCCAUGCUUAAUUUAUGUGUAAUCUUUAUAAUAUAUGUAUGUAUUACAGUUCCAACUGUCAUAUUUUUAUUACAUUUAAAUUUUGAUCUUGCUCUCAUUAUAAUGCCAGUGAAUGUUGCUGAAUUCUUUGUAUAUGCAAAUUGCAAGAUCUAAAACAUUCUGAUCCAAGGAUAAAUCUUUACUUUGACUACCA